UCCAUUCAGCGUCUCCUGGUCGUUUUUGUUCGCCUCGCUUCGUGAGCGCGUUGUGCCACUAUGCCCGAGCCGGCUAAGUCCGCGCCCGCCCCGAAGAAGGGCUCUAAGAAGGCGGUCACCAAGACCCAGAAGAAGGGCGACAAGAAGCGCAAGAAGAGCCGCAAGGAGAGCUACUCGAUCUACGUGUACAAGGUGCUGAAGCAGGUGCACCCCGACACGGGCAUCUCGUCCAAGGCCAUGGGCAUCAUGAACUCGUUCGUCAACGACAUCUUCGAGCGCAUCGCCGGCGAGGCGUCGCGCCUGGCGCACUACAACAAGCGCUCGACCAUCACGUCGCGGGAGAUCCAGACGGCCGUGCGGCUGCUGCUGCCCGGCGAGCUGGCCAAGCACGCGGUCUCCGAGGGCACCAAGGCGGUCACCAAGUACACCAGCUCCAAGUAGGGCGGUCCUGAUCCUCACUUUGAACCCAAAGGCUCUUUUCAGAGCCACCCACUCAUUCAAUGAAAGAGCUUUAAUUACCGUG